UAACAUAACAAUAGAGGAAGAAGAGAGAGUACUGACUAACUUUUUAAUGGCAACAGAAACAAAACAACAACAACUAGUUUUUGUCUCUUCUUCUUCUUCCUUCCUACACACACGUUUUAACAAGACCCUCUCUUUUUCUUCACACUAAUUAUUACAAUCAAUCUCUUGUUAUUAUUAAAUCUUUUAGAUUCCACAAAAGGUCUCUCUCUUUCUAGUCUCAGAUUUUGAUCUUUCUUCUUUAGACUUUGAAGAGAUUCAUAUAUAGAUUUGGUCAAUCCUUUUCUUCUGUAAAUUAGCUCAAUUUUGGUUCUGGGUAUUCAUUGUUGAGGUCUGUUAAUGGAGGAUUCUGUGUAAUAGUGAUAUGUAGUUAUCAAGAUUUUUAACCUUAUUAGUGUUUUAUAUGUAAAUCGAUAAUUUUUCCAUUUUAAGCUGGACCCACUUUGUAAUUUAAAGCUAAGAUUUCUGGGGAAAAAAUAGAAAAAUGAAAACCCAGAUUUUAUCCUCAGCUGUUGUUUUCUAGCAGGAGAAGAAUAGUAUUUUGUGGUAAACAAUAAUAAGUUUAUUCAUUUCAUUCAAUUUUCAGUGGAGAAUCAAUAAUUGAAGAUGGGUUUGUUUGCUUCAGUUUCAAUUUCAAUUCAUUUAUCAAACCAGUAGUGAUUCAAUUUUGGAUUUUGAGGGAAUUUUUAAGUAAGUUUUGGGUGAUGGAGACAACAAAUUCAGUACCACCACCAAUUGAUGAAGAAAGUACUGAGAAUAGAGGAAGUAUGUGGGAUUUAGACCAGAAACUUGAUCAGCCCAUGGAAGAAGAAGCUGGAAGGCUCAAGAAUAUGUACAGAGAAAAGAAAUUUUCUUCGCUGCUAGUUUUCAGACUAGCAUUCCAGAGUCUUGGAGUGGUCUAUGGAGACUUGGGAACAUCUCCUUUGUAUGUCUUUUAUAAUACAUUUCCUGAUGGAAUCAAGGAAUCAGAGGAUGUUAUAGGAGCAUUAUCGUUGAUUAUAUAUUCUCUUACUCUUAUUCCACUCAUCAAGUACGUCUUUGUUGUGUUAAGGGCGAACGACAAUGGUCAAGGUGGAACGUUUGCUCUUUAUUCACUACUAUGUAGACAUGCAAAAGUGAAUACUAUUCCGAACCAACACCGGACAGAUGAGCAGUUAACAACGUACAGUCGUCAUAUAUUCCAUGAGAAAUCUUUUGCGGCUAAGACCAAGAGAUGGUUGGAAGCGACAGCAUUAAGGAGAAAUUUACUGUUGAUUCUUGUCCUUGUUGGGACGUGCAUGGUCAUUGGAGACGGGAUCUUAACUCCAGCCAUAUCAGUUCUUUCGGCUGUUGGAGGGAUCAAGGUAGAUCACCCAAAUAUGAGCGGAGAUGUAGUGAUAGUUGUUUCGGCUGUCGUAUUAGUUGGCUUGUUCAGCAUGCAGCAUUAUGGAACCGAUAGAGUUGGAUGGCUCUUUGCUCCAAUUGUCCUACUUUGGUUUCUUUUAAUUGGAGGCAUUGGCGCUUUCAAUAUAUGGAAAUACGAUAGCUCAGUUCUAAAAGCUUUCUCUCCAGUCUAUAUUUAUAGAUACUUCAGACGAGGAGGUUGGAGAACCCUUGGAGGAAUCAUGCUUAGUAUCACUGGGACAGAAGCUCUAUUUGCUGACUUAGCCCAUUUUCCUGUAUCGGCUGUUCAACUAGCUUUCACGAUGCUCGUGUUCCCUUGCCUUUUAUUGGCUUAUACAGGACAGGCUGCUUACAUCAUCAAAAAUCAGGACCAUGUGAUUGAUGCAUUCUACCGUUCCAUACCACAAAGCAUAUACUGGCCAGUGUUUAUUAUCGCAACAGGAGCAGCUAUUGUUGCAAGUCAGGCCACUAUAUCUGCGACUUUUUCAAUAAUCAAGCAGGCUCUUGCACUUGGUUGUUUCCCAAGGGUGAAAGUUGUUCAUACAUCAAAGAAAUUCCUUGGGCAGAUUUACAUACCCGAUAUUAAUUGGAUUCUUAUGCUUAUGUGCAUUGGUGUUACCGUAGGAUUUAGAAACCAAAGCCAGAUCGGAAAUGCUUAUGGAACAGCAGUUGUUACAGUUAUGCUUGUGACGACAUUUCUUAUGAUACUUGUAAUGUUACUGGUAUGGCGGAGUCACUGGAUUCUGGUUGUGAUCUUCACUGUCUUAUCAUUGAUCGUGGAGUGCACUUAUUUCUCAGCAGUACUUUUAAAGAUAGAUCAAGGCGGUUGGGUUCCUCUUGUGAUAGCUGUAGUUUUUUUUAUCAUCAUGUACGUGUGGCAUUAUGGAACAGUGAAGCGUUACGAAGUUGAGUUGCACAGUAAAGUAUCAAUGGCUUGGAUACUCGGUUUGGGACCGAGCCUAGGUUUAGUACGGGUCCCAGGUAUUGGACUAGUGUACACUGAAUUAGCAAGUGGAGUUCCUCACAUCUUCUCUCACUUCAUCACAAAUCUCCCUGCAAUUCACUCGGUUGUAAUUUUUGUCUGCGUGAAGUAUCUCCCCGUCUACACAGUACCUCAAGAAGAACGGUUCCUUGUAAAGCGAAUUGGACCCAAGGAAUUCCACAUGUUCCGGUGCGUGGCCAGGUAUGGUUAUAAGGAUCUCCACAAGAAAGACGACGAUUUUGAGAAAAAGCUCUUUGAAAACCUUUUCUUAUUUGUUAGACUAGAAUCAAUGAUGGAAGGGUGUUCAGAUUCAGAUGAGUACAGUUUAUAUGGACAGCAAACAGUUAGGUCCGGGGAUUCCCAGUUAACCGAGAACCGGAACAUGAUAUCUCUGAAUGUGGACAGCACUAUGACUUCAUCAGGUGACGACGGCAUUAUACCUGCGCAAGCUUCAGCACUGAUAGCCGCAAGCAAUUUCUUCAGUUCAGCUGGGCAGACAAGUUACCAGUCGGAGUUGGAUGAGACAGAGUACCUAAAAAGCUGCAGGGAUGCAGGUGUAGUGCAUAUACUUGGGAAUACGAUAGUAAGAGCAAGGCGAGAUUCGAAAUUCCUCAAGAAGAUAUCGAUCGAUUACAUUUAUGCUUUCUUGAAGAGGGUUUGCAGAGAGAAUAGUGUAAUAUUCCAUGUACCUCAUGAGAGUCUGUUGAACGUCGGCCAAAUAUUCUAUGUAUGAUAUAAAUGUAGAUUCAUAGACAAAAAAUAGUUGUAUUAUUAGUACUUCAUUUUAAACUCUUUUCUCAGAUCAGUAGCAGUAAUCUAUCACUUCGGUUUGGCAAUUGCUAUUCUGUUGUAAAAUCUGAAGAAACAAAAUGAAUAAAGCAAAUUUUUAG